CCGUGGGCGGGGUUUUAUAACUACUUUCUCUAUCCCCCUGUCUCUAUCUCGACUGUGCUAUUGACAGACAGACGGACGAACAAACCGCAGUAUCAGCUCUUCAGUAGUGGAAACGCGCCAGCCACAAAGAUGACUAAAGAUUUGACAUUCGACAUCCGUUACGACAACGAGCUCGCACACGAUUACUACCGCGAUGGGGCGGACCUCGCUGCUGUAAUCCGAGACAUCUACAGCGACCGCCAACUGCACAUCCCAGACGCGUUCGAGUCGACGCUGACUACCCCGCCUAUUCACUUCAUGGAGGUCGAGGCGCCCGAGGAUAUCGACGUCGAGGAGCUGAGGAAGGUGGAUGUCCCACCUGGACUGAGUAUUGAGAUUCAGGAUUUCCAUGUUUAGUUUGGGUUUGUAGUAUUGGGAUAGUAUAUACUGCUAUUAGUGAUGGAUAUAUGAAUGUAUAUGGUUUGUUUAUUUAGUUUGUAUCUUUUUU